AUGGCGUCCAGCAAUACCAUGAAUGGCGUAGCGGCCCUCAAUGUGUACAAAAAGGUGGCCGUGAUCCGAAAGUCGACUGACGUCUUGACGUAUGAAGAUGGGGAGGGCAAUACGAAAUCCAUUUCGGAUCUGCACUUGGCGGCAGGCGCAUCGACGCCUCAUCUAAAAGUCAAAAAGCAAAAAGGCGACAUUCCCGUUCCCAAAAUCAAAGAUGUCAAGUCGUACAAGACGGAUAUUAGCGCCACCUACAAAGCUCCCUUGUCCUUUGUGCGAUAUCAAAAGCCAUCGGCGCAAGAACUAUUUGAAAAAACGGAAUAUGUCAUGGAUGCCGAAGAUGAAGUAUGGCUCAUCAACAAUGCCAAGUUUGGGGGAUCCAUUCCAGAACCAGUACCACCAGCAGUCGUUGUAGAGGAAGUAGAAGCAAAGGUGAUACCGGAAGUAAAAGCAGCAGUAGAGGAGGCAAUGAAAGUCGACAAUGAUACUGCUACGAAUGAUGCUACCAAUGAUACUACGUCCAAAGCCCAAAAUAGUGCCCAAAAUAGUGAGGAAAGUGAAUCCCGCAAACGAAGCUUGGAGCAACGAGAGCAAACACAGACGCAACAAGCGCCGCAAUCAGAACAACAACAAAAACAGCCCGAACACAAGAAAACGAUGGAACUACCGCUAUUCAUGUUUGAGAUUAUGAUUGAUGUCAUGGAAAAGGCCACUGCCUUUGAUACCAUCAUUCGCAAGGAUCAUGCGGAAAAACUUAUUCUGGAACGAUUGCCCAAACUAUAUCAUAUGUAUCCCGUAAAAGCUACUGCCGGAGUCGUCAAAAUCAAAGAUGUCGUCCAAGAUGUUUACAAUUAUUGGGUCUCGAAACGGUCCAAACUCAAACGACCCUUGUUAAGAAGAUUCUGGCCCGUGACUUCGUCAGAUGAUACGAAUCCUCAUUUGGUAUUUCGACCCCGAGAAAAGGAAAAGUACAAGCUGCGGAAAAAGAGACAAAAUGAUAUGGAUACCUAUCGCAAAAUGCAACUCUUGAAACAAGAUUUUGAACAUUUGCGAGAGCUGGUGCAACUCGUCAAGAAGCGAGAAGAACUCAAUCAAUCCUUUAUUUUGCUCCAACGAGAAUGGUUUCGGCAAAAGAUAUACGAUUACGUCGACACGAGUGGAGCACCCCGGGUAUCGGAUACCUUGAGCAAGAAAGAGUUGGACGAAUUGCUCAAGUUGGAAUUACCGUAUGAUUUGAACGGUGGUCGGCGGGUCCGACGGACAUCCACCACAAUGAGUGGAUCCAACGGGACGACAACUUCCGCGAAUGGUCUCUUUUUGCAAGGCACUGGUACCAAUGCAAUUCCCAAAAUCAUUGCGGGACAGAACCAUGGAGAACCAGCGCCCAACUUUUUGCAACCCCUCGAAACACGGGAACAAUAUGUCAUGGACUGGGACUAUUCCGUUCCGCAUGUCACUGCCUAUGUCGAUUCCCUUCCAGAACCCACCUUUCGGUAUCGUCACCGACCGCGGAUGGGACGAGGUGGACGUAUCAUGAUUGACCGUCUUCCAUUGCCUCCCAAUCCAAAUGCUACCACCUUUUUGCGGGCGUGCGGGCAACCGACCGCUUCCCAAUUGGAAAAGCGAGGACCUGUGGACAUUAUGCCGCCACCAUUGGAUUAUGACGCAUUGCGGAAAAAGGUGGAUACCAUUGCCAUGACGGCGCUGCAAGAAGAGUACGAUACGUUGACAAGCCCACGACCAGCAGGAAAAGGAGGAGCGACACCCAUGGUGGAUGAAGAAAAUGAUGGCACUACUGUUGUGGUCAGUAUGAAAGACUGGCUGAGUACCGAUGAACAGCUGUGGGGAGAAGAACGAUAUGCACUAGGUCCAAUAUGA